UGCGUGUCGUGUUACACACAUUGGCUUCCUCUGAUUAUGAUCUGACUAAAAUUACACUUUUGCAGUGAUCAUUCGUUCGUGCGUGGUCUGCGUUGUAGCAUCACUCGUUUUUACGUUUGUCGCAAGAGAUUUACGAUCGAUCCAUGCUUUCCGACUCUGAUACCGACGAAAUCACUGAUCUCACAAUCAAUGAGCAUUAUGCAAAGGCCUUCGAAUACCGAAAAGAGCGCGAGGAGCUCGCGAAAUUAAAAGAAAAAUACGGAUCGGAUUUCGAAGAGGGUACGGACGAGGAGACAGACUCCGAGGACGCAGAAUCUGAAGAUGAGGAUGGAGAGGAACUCACGCCCGCAGUGGAUGCUGCCAUCCUCAGGACGCUAGCAAGGAUCAAGAAAAAGGAUCCGGCCAUCUACAAUGCGGAGAAUAUUAUAUUUGAAGAGGAGCAGGAGCGCAUUACCGUUCGUGCUCCCCAGGUCCAAGAGCGACGUACCAAGCCUAAAACAAAACCUCUCACUUUCCGACAAGCAACUCUCGCAUCCGCUCUCGAAGUCGACACCUCCCGUUCGCCCACCCCAGAACCGACCAUACUCACGCAUACCGAGGAGCAGCGCCAGCUGCGCGAUGAAACCCGUGCCGCAUUCCAUACCGCUGUUGAUGAAAACGACGACGACGGAUUGCUUGUACUGCGAGAGAACACAAAGGAUGAGCUUGACCAUGAAGAGGAGCAAUACAGAGAAUAUCUCAAGCACGCAGUUGGCCAGGAUCUGGAAGGUCUCAUAGAGGUUGAGACUUCAGGGAUAGGCACAGAGGUUGUGAGCGGUGAAGAAGGCGCAUGUCUAAAAAAGAAGAGCAAGACGAAGAAAAAAGGCAACGAGGUGAAGGGCAUGUCCAAACAAGAGGCUGAUAAGGAGUUCCUUAUGAACUAUAUCCUCAAUCGUGGAUGGAUCGACAAGUCUGCAGAACGACUACCUACGUACAAGGAUAUCGCGGACACAGAACAAGAUGACGACGAAUUCGAGGAAAUCGCCGACGCUUUCGAGAAUUCAUACAACUUCCGUUUCGAAGAACCGGACGCAGCUAAUAUCAAGUCCUUCCCACGAACAAUCGCUUCUACAGUACGUCGAGUUGACACAACUCGCAAAGAGGGCCGUGAGCGAAAGAAGCAGCGCCGGGAAAUGGAACUCGAGAAAAAGCAGGAGGAGGUAAGAAGGUUGAAAGCCCUCAAAAUGAAGGAAAUCCGCCAAAAGCUCGAGCGCAUCGGGCGUGAAGGUGGCAUUAAUAUCGGUUCUGAUGUUGAAGCCUUCAAGGAGAUCGACCUGGAUGCGGACUGGGAUCCAGAAGCACAUGACAUGCAAAUGGCGGGGCUCUACCACGAUUUCAACGACUCGGAUGAUCAAGAAAAGCCCGUUUGGGACGACGACAUUAACGUUGACGAUAUUAUACCAUGUUCUGGCUCCGCCGAACCAUCUUCGUCUUCGAACAAGAAGAAGAAGAAAAAGAAAAAGAAGACAAAUGACGAGGCCGACGACCAAGGAGUAGAUAUCGAUACUAUGGAUGCAGAUGUCGUGCGCAAUUAUGAUGAAGAGGAAUGGGAUGGCACUGAGGAGAUGAGAAAGCGCAAGCUUGAUGAAUACAUGGAUGAAGUUUACGGGCUCGAGUUUAACGACAUGGUCGCAGGAAUGCCUACGCGUUUCAAAUAUAUUACGGCUGCACCGCAGACAUUCGCGCUCACCCCUACUGAGAUCCUCAUGGCCACAGACAAAGAACUCAAUCAAUACGUGAGCGUAAAGCGCUAUGCACCGUACCGCGCAGAAAAGUGGGACCAUAACCGUGGAGAGCGCCUCGCGGAGUUUAGGGAAAACUUGAAGGAACGGGUGGGGACCACUAGGACGAGCCACAGGAGCGAGAAUUCAGCGCCGAAAAAACGGCUGGGGAAGAAGGAGCGACAGAAAGCAAAGCGGCCUGCGCCUGAAGCAGAUCAUUGAACACGACGAUGAUAUCUCUUAAGAGGCCAGGAAGACUCGGCGAACUCGUCACCUGUGCAUAUGGAGGACCGACUACAAUCCACUUGAAAUACUCGUAAAGUAGACCCUUCAAGCGUCAAGUAAUCGCGCAGAAUGUGGAUUGACAUGAUGUGCAAAUGAGUGUGGUAACGUUACAAGUAAACAAGUGAUUCUGACUCGGAAUAUAUAAAGUGAGGCGCGUAAAGAGUGUGGUAACAUUACAAGUAAACAAGUGAUU